AUUCUUCCUUUCCCUUUCACUUCAGCCUUUCGUUUUAUUUUCUUCACCGGGCCUGGACGCCUGAGGAUUCACCUUCUUUCCAUCUUCGACCCCACUUGUUCGUUCAUCAUGCUCGCCCGUGCGACUCUCUUUGCAUCAUUCGCCACCCUGUUGGCAUCUCAAGUUCUUGCUCAUCCUCUGUUUCUACAACGCCAGGCCGUUGCUCGCUCCCCAGCUCCUCUGGAUCUCAUCACCGCAUACCCUGCUGACGUAUCCAAGAGGCAAAUAUCCCCCGAGAUCCCAGCCAGAAGCAUUGAUGGUGUCAUAACUCUGUACGACAAACGCGCCGAUGUCCCAGUUCAAGACGCUGCCAAAAGUCCUGACGGGAAUAUCGUUCCGUAUGACAAACGUGCCGAUGUUCCAGUUCAAGACGCUGCCAAAAGUCCUGAUGGGAAUAUCGUUCCGUAUGACAAACGCGCUGAUGUCCCAGUUCAAGACGCUGCCAAAAGUCCCGACGGGAAUAUCGUUCCUUACGAUAAACGUGAUGUUCUCGUUCAGCUGGCUGCGAAAAGCCCCGACGGAAACAUCGUGCCAUAUGACAAGCGAGAUGUGCCCGUCCAAGACCCUUCCAAGAGUCCUGAUGGGAACAUCGUCCCGUACGACAGACGAGAUAUUCCCCUGCAUCUAGCAGUCAAGUCUGUCCGUGGAAAGAUCGUGCUUUAUUAAGUGUGGUGCAUGUGCAUUUGUGUUGCA